AUGACUAAGGCUAUUAGGGUUUCAAAAGAUGUAAGCCAAUCUUUUAAACAUUUUGACUCUCAAGUGAUGUGGCUAGGAUUUGUUUGUAUGAGGGGAUUUGACCAAAAAACACAAGCACCCCGACCUCUUAUGGUCAGUUUGCACUUUCCAGCAAUCAGUUCACUGAAAUUGAUCACCCUUGCCACCGUUUGCACACUCUCGUUCUUCAGUUUGGUGAAAGCAAUUGUUUUUGCGAGGGAACUUGAAGAACAUGAAUGCAAAAUUUGUUUUGAAGAAGUGAAAACAGAGUAUGGAAGUUACCAUUGUUGGAGGGAAGAUUGCAAUUAUAUUGUCCAUGUGAAAUGUGCGACAGAGGAUGAUCGCUUGUACUACAUUAUUGAUCAAGAGAAUCAAGACGAGGAGCCCGUGGUUUCUUCCAUCAGCUGUGUUGUUGAGGUGAACGAGCAUGGAGAAGCUGUAAAGAUCUUUAAACAUUUCAAGCAUGAACACAAUCUAGUGUUUGAAGACAAGAUCAAAGAGGAUAGUGAUAGACAUUGUGAUGGGUGCAUGCUAUCCAUCUCAACUCCGUUUUAUUAUUGUUCAGUGUGCAAUUUCUUCCUUCACAAAACUUGUGCAGAAUUACCCAAAAUUAAGCAUCAUUGGUAUCGUCGAUUCCCCUUCACCCUCGAAGCCAGGGAUUUUUUGCGGUGUAAGUUGUGCUAUCGCUACUGUAGCGGUUUGUUUUACAUUAGUGGACGCUUAUACUUUUGCCUAAGGUGUGCUACAGUUCCUGAUAUCAUCAGACGUGAAGGACACGAACAUUUGCUCUUUUUUGAUUAUCAACGCAAGAGGCAAUGCAGUGCUUGUGGUGUCGGUGGUGGGUAUGGUGCAUUCAGAUGUAAGGAGUGCAGUUUUUCUUUGGAUUUUGCAUGCAUGACAUUACCGCAAGCAAUUCAGCACAAGUGUGAUAGUCACUUACUUAAACUUACUUAUCAUGGUGAGAAUGCUGAUGCAGAACAACAUUACUGUGAUGUUUGUGAAGAAAAACAGAACCCAAACCAUUGGUAUUAUUACUGUUCAACUUGUGAUAAUUCUGUUCAUCCUAAAUGUGUUCUUGGAGAAUAUCCAUUUCUCAAGGACGGUAUCACUUGGAGGAGUGUUGUUCUUAGCACUCAGAGGAGUGGUGUUUUUCACGAACACAGUGACGAUGUCAUAUUUGUCCAUAAGGUUGAUGGCUACCCUGAAUGCGCUGCUUGUGGUAAGCUUUGCCAAGAUGAAGCUCUCAAGUGUCCUAAAUGCAACAUUAUUGUCCACCACAAAUGUCGAUGGAUAGGAAAUGGUAAAUGUUGAGAAGAGUUGUAAGAGGAAUGAAGGCAUGCAGGCACGUGAGUGGUUCUUCUGCUGGCAUUUGGGACACCAUAUAUAUUGGGUGAUGAAUUGGAUGGAAGGUUUGAGUUGAUGAUGAUGAAGAUGAUGUUGGAAAAAAU